CUUGCCAAGGCUGGUGCUACCCUAACCCCUUCCUUUCCCUGUCUUCCUCGCCAGAAUAUCUUGAGCAUCUCCAAUAACAACUACUACCCCAUCGCUGUGACCCAGCUGACCAUUGAGGUUCUGCACCUGUCCCUCGUGGUGGGGCAGGUCUCCCACAGCCUUCUCCUCCGCAUCGGCCCUUUGGCCAGUGAGCAGAUGUUUUAUACAGUAGCCAACAGGAUAUGGGAUGAAAACACAUACAAGAUCUGUACCUGGCUGAAAAUCAAAGUCCACCACGUGCUCCUGCACAUCCAGGGCACCCUGACCUGUUCCUACCUGAGCCAUUCAGAGCAGCUGGUCUUCCAGAGCUACGAAUACGUGGACUGCCGGGGAAACGCAUCCAAGCCCCACUUGCUGGUCCCUCGCCCGCCGUGACCUGUCUGCUGUCGUCGAGCUCCGGGCACCUGCCGGCCUGGUCUGUAUCUCCCACCACUCCGUGGCACCCAAUAGGACGAGAGUGACUUUGCCAAAGGAAAAUCUCUGCUUUAUCAUACCCUCCCCCUGUUCACCCCCAGCAGAGGAAGCUUUCUGUGGACGUUAACUUCACACACACACACACACACACACACACACACACCCUCACACCCUCACACCCUCUCUGAUUUCCACAGGAACGGAAGCUUGGUUCUUCUAGAGGCCAGCCCCAGAUAUUCCCCUUGGUCUGUCUUGAGGACAGUCUGAUCUGACAUUUGCUCAGAGCUGCCUCAGAGGCAUGGAGUGGCACCCACGCUUUUCUGUGCGGAGCACCUUGGUUGCCCAGCUCGUCCAGGGAAGACCUUUGUCCUGCCUGAAUGUGGAGAAAAAGCUUUCAUUUUGUCUGGCUUUUAAUACAUGGAUCCUUUCCAAGUUCUCCACCUGGUAAUGAGAAAGUGACUUGGGGGACAGCCAGUGUUGUCCCCAGGGCCUUUUAGGGAACCGUAGAUGCUCUCCUACGCCGCCCUGCUUUGGUCGUGUGACAAAGUGAUGGUGAUGGCCUGCUUCCCGCCUGGUAACUUGUCCCCCCGACCCCCACCCC